GAAAGUCAAAGGAUAUUUCAAGAUUAUUAGUCUACUCAUGUCUACAAGAACACAACGUACUUGAAUUUAUCAAUGGUUAGUGCAUUAAGGAUUUCAUAAAGAACCGACCACCUGGACAAAAGAACACAGCUCUACUACUACUACUGCUACUACUACUAUUAAGAAGGAGCUACAAUUCCUCGACAAAUACAAUACAGAAAAAAAUAAUGUAUCGAUAGUUUAUACCGUUUUUCUAUCCAACCUAUAUACAUCUACAUAUCAUUUUUUCUAAUUAUGGGCGUUCUAACUAGACCGAUUCUAUUUCGUACUAUCAAAUCUCACCACCAGUCGGUUUACUUGUUAUCAACUUUUAAUCAAUUUAAUACAUCAAGUCAAAUAUUCCUAUUGAAUUCAAAUGAUAUUUAUCGAAAUUUAACAUUUGAAGAAUGUUUAUAUCGUGAAGGUGAAAAGUAUUUACAGUGUGUGAAAGAUAAACCACCGUGGUUUAGUAAAAUUUUAUUAUGGCGUAGUAAUCCACCAUGUAUUGUGAUUGGUCGAUUUCAAAAUGUUUGGAAUGAAGUGAAUUGUCCGUUGGUACAUUCAAAAGGUUGGAAGUUAGCUAGACGUCAUUCAGGUGGUGGUACUGUUUAUCAUGAUCUUGGUAAUUUGAAUAUCACAUUUAUGCAACCUAGAUGUUAUAUGAAUAGACAAGAAUGUAUGGCAUUGUUACAGUCAAUUUUACAACCUUUAUUGAUGCCUUUAAGAUAUACGAUACAUAUUGGUAGUAGAUAUGAUUUGUGGAUUACGGAAAAUCAAACUAGUACAAAUUUAUUGGAAAAUCAAUUUAAAAUAUCUGGUUCUUCAUCAAAAUUCGGUGCUAAUAUGGCAUAUCAUCAUUGUACAUUAUUAUUUGAUGCAAACUUAAAUAAUUUGUCAGAAGUAUUAAAACCAACUUUUAUAAAUUUACAAACUAAAGCCACGGACAGUGUUCGAAGUCCAGUGAAAAAUAUAAAUUUGAACAUUGAUCUACUUCUAAAUGCAAUCAUUGAACAGAGUUUAAAAUGGAUCGCUAAAUAUGAUUUAAUCACAUCUCAUCCUAAAGUUACUCACGUAAUUGAAAAUCAAGAACAACAAUUUAUUACCGACCAAAAACAAUUCCACCAGUUAUUCACUACAUUACAAACAUGGUCAUGGAUUUAUGGCAGUUCACCAAGUUUUUCGAUACCUAUAGAAAAUUAUAAUAUAAAUCUAUACAAUAUCAUACAUCCAUUAGAUGGUUCAAUUUUAUUGAAUUUUGAUCGUGGUGCAUUGUUUAAAUCAAUUGAAUUUCAUCAUCGUGAUGGCACCACUGUUCAAAAUCAUCAUCAUCAUCAAUUUCUCGAUACGUUGAAUGAAUUUUUAACAGAAAUUACAAUAUGCCUGCGACAUGUUGAAUGUCGAACAAAUUCAUGGGAUUUUAUAUUAGAUCAAUGGAUUGCAAAGAAGUCAUUUCAGCUGAAUGGUGAAAAUUUGCCUGAAGAACAAUUGUUAAUUAUUAAAGUGUUGACAUUGAUUUCUAGUCUAUUUUGAUAGGAAUAUUAUUUAUUGAUUUCUGAAAAAAAGUAAAUUUUUUUUGAGUAUAAUAUAUGUGUGUG